AGAGAGAGAGAGAGAGUUGACUUUGGAGUGAUGGGAGCAGGCUGAGCGAGCAGCAGCAGCGAGUGAUCGCUCUCCGUGCUGCUAAUCAGGCUGACGUCAUGGCGUUCAGCACCAAGGCCAGCUCACAGCAAAAAUGCUGCAUGCAAAUGCAGGCAGACUGAUGUGAAGGAUGGCGUCUUGCUCAGAGAUCUGUGGGUCGGAAAACGGCGAGCAAGCCCAAGUCAGCGGCAACUGCCAGCAGUACGGCGUCCGCUCCUACUUACACCAGUUUUAUGAGGAGUGCACAGCCUCCAUCUGGGAACGUGAUGAAGAUUUUCAGAUUCAGAGAUCGCCUAGCAGGUGGAGCUCUUUACUCUGGAAGGUCUGUCUCGCGUUUGGCACCGUGAUCUUGUUUGCAGGCCUGACUGUCAUCGUCGUGGGCUAUGCUACUCCGGCUAGGAUUGAAGCAUUUGGUGAAGAGGAUCUUCUCUUUGUGGACAGCCAGGCAGUCAGUUUUAACCGCGCGCUGGAUGUUUGCAAGCUAACCGGGGCCGUGCUGUUCUGUGUGGGAGGCACCUCCGUGGCUGUGGGUCUCCUGCUGUCUGUGUUUGCCAAAAGCUACUCCAAAGAGGAAUUAUAUCUGCAGCAAAAGUUUAAAGAGCGGCUGGCUGAUUUGCAUUCAACAGUCGGUACCCCCAUCACGAGAGCACCGACCCCUGGGGAGGGAAAGGUGCCAGUUACACUUUCCAAGGUCGAAAACAUCCAACCGGUAAACCCAAAGUCAGAAACCUGACAGCAGUCUGGUUGAAAGGGGAAAAUAUAAUUUCUUGGCGGAAUGAUGGCUGUGAACUGUGCAGCCUUCGAGUGAGUAGACUGCGUGUAUUGUCCAUGAAUGCAGACACGUUAUCACCUAAAAGAUCAGCUUACAUGACGUAUUGGGUCAACUCUUCUCGCUGUUGUUCGACAAAAGCAUUUCUAAGAUUGCAAAGUUGACAUUUCAUGUGUAUCAGCUUCAUACCAGACUAAACACAUCAAGGUCGUGAGCUCUAGCCUUAAAAAAAUAAUAAUUAUAAUAAUUGAAGCAAGACAAAGAAAGUAACCCAAGAACAAAUCAAUAGAACACAGCCUCUGAACAAGUCAACAUUUUUCUUUGAAGUGGAUUCACAAUGUGUCGAAGAGGAAUGUGGCGCCGCCGGAGGGGAGCUGAGCGGCAGCACGCAUCAUUAAUGCUGAGCUGCCAUUUCCCAAUGCUCAAAGCACUGGGCGCACUAACCAAUCACAGCUGCACAAUACAGAAAUCUUCAGUAGGCUCAUAAAAUCACCAGCACUAUACUGUCUACAUGUGACAAUAAGAAACUUUGAGUCUCAUUACAAUCUGUGUUAGAUAAUUGUGAAUCAUUAGUGCAAAUAAGAUGAUCCAGGAAGGACACACUUGAGAGUCUGAAAUGUUCUCCUUGUCUUCUUGAGUAAAACCUCUGACAGGAUGAGUAACCAAAACCAGACGGCCUGAAGAAAGCUACAUUGGAGGGGUUAGGUCAAACUUACACAACCCAGUCUGUCAAUUAAAAAGCACAGAUUUGGACAUUUCUCAUCAGUCAGCCAUCAUGGAAGUGUUGAGUUAUUUUACUUUUGAAAAACAAUUUCUGCCAUAAUCUACUUUGGUUACAGCAGGGACUCUCAAACAACGGAUGCUAGAUGACAUUUCACCUCGAUUUAAUAGUUUGGACAUUUCAGUGGAAUUUAAAGUGUUUUCCCCCUUAUCUUCCAAAGUAGCUACAGUGGAACCCUAAAAGUUUACCACCCCUGAGGUCAUACAAUUCGAAUUUCACCGAUUUAACCAAAGUCAUCUGAAAAGGUGCAUUAAAAAUAAAUAAAUACAUUUAAAAAAUUGAGAGUUUGAACUGCCAUCACGCAUGAAGUCAGCGAAUUGCACCUCGACUAAUUUAAGAGACCAUAAUGUAAACCAGAAUGUAAAAAGAAGCACAUCCACACGAAAAGUAGUAAGACUCUGCGAUCACUCGACACAUUUAUCAUUAUUGGAGACGUGAAAAUGUAAAUGAAAAUAUUUCCCCUUCUCUUAAUAAAAUGCCGAUGGCAUUUUUCAGUCCAAUUACCGCAACGGUCAAGCGUUGCAGUACACAGUUGCUGCUAUUUUUACAGCCCUUCUUGAAAGCAGCUAAUUUUGGCCGUGCUGUCUGGUCUCAUGCAAACCAGCCACUGCUCACUCUGUGCCAAUCUAUAAUACAAGGCCGGUUUGACGUUACCAUGACGACUGGGCAGGAGCUAUUUUGCACCCCAGAAUUUGAAUUUUACUGAAUUGUCUUUUUGUGUUAUCCUGGAUUAGAGGAAUAAUACAAUGGUCACAAUUGUGUUUCUUGAUUCAUUUUUCUAAUUUUUAUUUUGUGCAUCACUGGUGUAGGACCCUCCAGCAAACUUGCAUUAGCAAUGAAAAUAUGCAUGUAAAUUGACCUUUUACUAGCAGUUCCGUUGCUCCCACAACCCCUCUCCAUUUUCUUUGUUAGCAAACGUUUUUUUUCACCACACACAAAACACAAAGCUAUAUGAUCAAUAUUUUCAAAUGUUACCCCAUCACAAGUCAGCUGCAAUCCUACUGUUCAAAAUGCAGAAAGCAAGAUUUUAAAAGGUUGAGUGAGAGUUGAGUUAGCAGGUGAUCAAUAAAUGUGCUCACUAGUAGUCUCAUGCUGUGAAUUGUGCGUUUGGUUUCCUCCUUUUGCUGUCCAAAGGCUGAAAUUCACAAAUAAGAUAUUUGUCCUCUCAAGAAAAAUUGUACUCAAGGUUUAAUCUAUGGAACUUUAUUUAACAUCCAGUGUGUCUCCUGAUGUAACUGUAUUCUCCAAGGGAAUUAUAACGCAACUGCAGUCAAUAUCCACAAUGUAGUAUAUCUAUUUUCAAACAUAAUAAAAACUGAAUAUGCUGGCCAAUGUUGUAUAAGACUGUAUUCACAUUUAUGCCGAAUUAUAAAAUUGAAAAACUUU